AUGGAAUCAAACGUAUUAGUAAAAUGGUGUCGAGUAUGCUACUCCGAAUUUUCUAAUGGUAUUAAUCUUUUCGGUGAAGAAGCCAGAAGGUCAUUCCUCCAUGCAAAAAUUAGAAGAUAUUUAUCUCUGACAAUCUCUAUAGAAGAUAAAUUGCCAAAAAUGAUUUGCAAUGAAUGUUGUACUAAAUUGGAUAGUUUUCACAGAUUUGCCACGAUGGCUUUAAGGAAUCAGGAAAAAAUGUCAAAGUUUAUUUUUUGCAGUGUAAAUAACGUUGACCCAAAACAGUCUGAGACCAAAUCUUUGCUACAUACUUACUUAACAAAGGGAAUUAAAGAAAAGGAAGUAGUGUCGCAGGUAGAAGUCACAGAAAUGGAAGUUCGUGUAGACCCAAUGGUAAUUUUACAGUGCUGCUUGGAAGGCGAUGAUGGAGCAAAUGUAGAAAAUGAUGAGGAAAACGCUAGUGACAAAGGCAUCCACUCAGAUGGUGAAACCAGAGUCUUGUCGGAAUCAGAAAAUUGCGGGGCGAAUUUGAAACAACAUUCACGUUCUUCGUGUCCAAAAAGCUUUGCGUCGGAACUAACUUUACAAAACCAUCUAUGGAAUCACUCAUCUUACCCCAAACGGAUUUACAACAAUUUUAACACCAUACAAGACAUUAUACCAAUGGUUCAGUUUGAAAUUGAGAAUCAAAAUGAAAGAAGCGACUCCUCGAGUAAUGGUCGCGAUGAAGGAGACGAAAGUGAUUACGUCGACAUGGCAGAAGAAGAUCAAAAUAAUAAAUUUUCUUGUCCGAUUUGCGGAAAAAUUAUAUCGACAAAAGGUAAUUUGAAGGUUCAUCUUGAAACUCACAGGCCAAAAGGACGCUACGGUUGCGAUAUUUGCGGAAGGAUUUUUAAGACGCAGUGCAAUUUGUUCCGGCAUAAAGAAUAUCACGGGGGAGUUCAAUAUCCUUGUGCAGUAUGUGGUAGAGUAUAUCCCACCAACAGUACGCUAAGAGCUCAUUCGAUAACCCACAGUGACUUAAGGCCGCACAAGUGUCCUCUUUGUGACAAAACGUUCAAAAGAAAUCAAGAUUUAAAAUUCCACAUCAAUCAACAUACAGGUGCUCGUCCAUAUCAAUGCCCCUAUUGUCCGAAGGCUUUUGCAAGUUCUGGCAACUGUUUUUCUCACAGAAAGAGGAUGCAUCCCAUUGAAGUUGAGAGAGACAGGGAACGUGCGGCCAAAAUAAUGCGAUAA